AUGUAUGUCAUAUUCCCGGCAGAUGAAAUAGUCUAUCUGUCAUAUGGUCGCCUUAUAUAUGUACCUUCAACCCCUGAACCUGAAAACCAACUACGAACACCCCCUAUCAGAACGUCCCUGGAAGACAAUCAACUGUUUUACCCUGGUAUAUCCGAAAAUAGUCCUAGUCAGAGAGAAUCCAUAGCCAGUAGCGAGUCUGAUAAAGCUGUUAAAUCCUCUAAGUCUAAAACUAAGGAAAAGUCCAAAAACGACGUGUAUAGUAUUGGUAGUAGGAGUAUAGAUUUAGAAACUAGAGAGUCCUCGGAAAAGAUAAGAAUUGACGGAAUAAAUUACGAACGGAGAAGAUCUUCCGAACAACGCGAAAAAUCUGAGCAAUUAAAGAGCACCUCAGUUAAAUCAAUUCCAGCACCACCUGCAAAUCUCACUAAUAAAUCCAGUUUUUUUCUUAAAAGAUAUGCAACCAAUCGAUCAUCUAAAAAUAUUCCUUCGGAACCCAGCACAUCUGGCUAUAAUAGUUUAGAGAGAAAUAAAUUUAACGAACCUGAAAAUAUACAACCUUUACAAUCUACUGGAAGUUUAAAUAGAUUUGGUACAUUAAGGAAAGCUGCUUCUUUAAAUAAAACAGGAGCAACAACUGUUCAGAACUCAGACACGUGUAGUAGAUUAAGCAGCCCUACUAGAGUUCUUAAACCCAAAAGUCAACAAGAAGUGCAGAAUAUCGCAAUUAGAAAUUCAGCUACAAAGGAAUCUACUUCAUUUAAUAGAUUCAGCACCCCAAAUAGAUCUUUAAAAACUAAAAGUCCUGUAGAAACCGAAAGUUUUGGAUCUCGAACUUUAGAAGCUCAAGAAUACAGUUCAACCAAAGGUAAAUCUCCAAACAAAUUCCUAAAAGCUAGAGAAGCUGAAAAUUUAAAUAAAACUUUAGAAAGGGGCUCAACUGGUAAUAGCAACAAGUCAAGUAAAUCCAGCAAAAACAGUUCAAGUUCUUCUAAAUCUGUAGGUGCUGUUAAGACGAAACCAAGUGCAGAAUCAAAAGAACUACUUUCAAGACCGCGCACUUUAUCUGAGUCGGGAAAUUCCCCUAAGGCAGAGCCCAAGAAGAAACUAACUAAUAGUAAUUCCUUCAGGUCUUUUCUAAAACCUUCCGCGUUGACCAAAGAAAAAGUUCCAGAACCUCCAGUGAGACCUGAACGCAAAAAAGACAAGAAAAGUGAUAGUAGUGAUAGCAGACGACUGUCUUAUUCCGAUUAUUUAGCUUUAAACAGAGAACGUGUGCCUCGUAGUGAUAUAAUUAACACUAGAAGUGAUAAAGUACAAGAACUGCGUGUGAAACCCCUACCCGUGAAACGUGAAAAAUCCCCAGUGCUUAAGUUCUUUAGGGCUCAAUCUUCCAGUCCCAGAAAUUUUGGCCGCGAUAGGACAGCCUUCGAUUUCGACGGGUUCUUCAAACAAGAACCAGCAAGCCCGGGAAAGCUUUCCGUUAAUUCUACACCCAAUAAAAGUCCACCAAUCAAAGGCAUUCCUUUAAAAACUUUUGGCUCUGAGACCAACUUGGCAGGUCGUCAAUCAGAAAAGUCGCCGGCAAAGAAAAAACAGUUCUUCCAGAACGUGCGAGGAGCUGUUACGCCGAAGAAAGCAUCGGCGCUAGAGAAAGAUCCAGCCAAAAUGGCGGGAAAUGAAUCUCCAUUGAAGGACCUUAUACAUCCGUCUUACAACGAACAUUUGAAGUCUCACAAUGCAGUUAGCUUUAAACUUAUUCGUACUGUGUCCGAUUUCACCCAACAGUUGGGUCAGAUGUACGAGCACCAUGCGGAAGAACUUCAAAUGCUCGUCGCCAACUUCCGGAAACGAAACGGCGAACUCAGGAAGGAAAGACCGGCAUGUCCCAGUUCGUUAUUUCAUACGUGGGAGACUCUUCUCCAAGAAGUGGAAAUCGACUCGCAAGCUCUUGGAGAUAUCGCUUCGAUUCUAGGAAGGCAGGUGUCAAGGCCAUUAUUGGAGAGGUCCUUUCAUCGAAAGAUACAAUCUAGGAAAGUUUUCUCGCAUAGAGAGAGCUACGAGACGAUUAUUGCAAAAACUGAGGAAAAACUGGCAAAGUGUCGGCAGGAAUAUAAAAGUGCUUACCUGGCGUACUUGGCUGCACCUUCAACCGAAUCCCUGAGCGCUUACUUCAACACCCACAACGCUUAUAUCCAGCAGCUGCAUGCGACGAAUGGAAUGAUGGACGAAUUUGGAAAGAGUACUUUGCCGUCUUUACUGCAGGAAUUAGAAGAUAUUUAUGUAGACUUGUGUUCAACUGUGACUGAUGCGGUACUACAGGGUGCAGAAGUAGUUUCAAAUAGAUCUAUGGAACAAUGCAGGAGAUACGAAAGUCUUAUAUCGCAAUGUAAGGCAGUCUCCGGGACUUCAGACCUCAACCACUUGGCCCGAUCGUUACCUGUUCCUGGGGGAAGAGGGCCCAUACUGAAAAGGUUGUUUGUGCCACCUCAACCCCCACCUCCAACUGAAUCCGUCGAUGGAGAAAUGCAAGACUUGCAACAUAAUGAUAGCAUACCUCCUCCCCUUAGAGACGAACUAGUCAUAGAUAAAUUAUCAGCUGUCCAAUUGAAACCAAGCCAUGACGUCCUCCACAAGGAAGCUCUAGAUCUCGAGGCGCAGAUUCGUCAAAUUCACGAUGCAGUUGAUACCUUGCUACGCAUCCAGCAGAAAUCCGUCGAAGCUUCUCUCUACAACAAGGCCAACGAACUACAAGAGGAUAUAUCGAUGAAACGAUUCGAUCUACGAGUUGCUCAGCUACAUCUCAGUGCGAUUAAUUCACAAAAAGAACUUUUUUCGAACAAAUUGGAGGGCGAGACUGUUACACGCGAACGAAAAAUGUCGUCCGCCUCCACGGCAAGUAUGAAAAACAAAUGGCUAAAGGCUUUUAAAAGUCUUAAAACUCCACCGCCCGAAGCAGAGCCUAAGAAAAAUGGAGCAGCCGCUACAAGAGAACUGUUAAAAGGGGACCCAGAUGCUCACAAUUUCCAGGAAUAUACGUAUAAGAAGAUCACCCCCUGCGACGUUUGUUCACAAGUACUAAGGGGUCACACCAGACAAGGCCUAAAAUGCCGAAUCUGCAAGAUGAACGUUCACAUGGACUGCUUAGACAAGGCCUCAAAAUGCCAAACCAAAGCAAGGCUUCUGCGAAGACAAAAGUCGACAUCAGAAAUUGAAACCAGAGUGCCAGAACUGAACCCCGACGAUGAAAGGGUAGCAGCAGUGUUCUCAAUGCCAACCAUUAAUAGACGUUUGUCAAUGAGGAACAACAAUCAGCUUCACCCAAAUCUCAACAACGCUGUUGUUUUAG